ACUGGAUAUUAGGGCUGAAUGGUGAAGCGCCACCUUCUCUACCUGUAAUUUUUGCAACUCCCUUGCCUUGUUCUUAGACCCCUGAUUGAACAUUACAAAAUGGUUUCCUUCGGAGAUCUAUAGAAUUUCAUUUCCUCGUUUUUUCUUGGAGUUUAAAAUAUUCGUUUCUCACACUGGCAUAUUUUGAUCCGGCUUUCACUUUUCCCUUUGCUCUUUCUUUGUCCAAUCAUAUUAUUAAAAUAGCAGAUGUUCACAAUCCAUUAAAAGGACAGGGCCCUUUUGCAUUUUAAGCUAUGGGGCAUUAAAAAAAAAAACACAAUCAACCAUUCUCUGCUUUUGUUUUUAACCUUCGUGGGUUCUUGCUAGAUGUGUGGGAGGGCAUUUUUUCCAGUAUCGUUAUGAUAAGAAGGAGAAGUAAUAAUUGGAUUCGUCCUUUAAUGGCAAUAGCAUCAACCUUUUCUGUUGGCCCUAAAGAUUUUCAGCUUUUGUCAUGUGUAAAGUUUUUAUCUAAUGUUACUUCGUCCUCCAUUGAUCUAAAUGGUGGUGGUGUAGGAAAAUACCCUUUUAAUAAUGCGACGGCUCUUAGGCUUUGGGGCUGCUGUUCUUCUUCUUCUAAUGAUUCAAAUACAAGUUGUAACAAUAAGUAUGUGAAUGGGUUUCAGAGGGCACAGGCUUUUGCUCCAUCUCUCCCUCUCUUGCUACAUGAUGAUGCAGAGGGAGCUAGUACUAGUAAUGCUACUAAGCCUUCUGAUACUAACAGCAAUACAUCUAACAGAGGAAGCUGUGCUGGAUUCUUUAACCAAGAUUUACAUGACAAAAUUGUUGUGGCUGUUGAUGUUGAUGAAGUCCUUGGGAACUUUGUUUCUGCUCUCAACGAAUUCAUUGCAGAUCGUUACUCAUCAUACCAUUCGGUGUCUGAGUAUCAUGUAUAUGAAUUUUUCAAGAUAUGGAAAUGCUCAAGAGAUGAAGGUAUUAUUGGGUCUUUCCUUUCAGUUGAGUUAUUUAGCUGAUAUCCGUGUCCAUGAAUUCUUCAAGACCUCUUAUUUCAAGACCGGAAUUCAUCCAAUUCCUGGUGCUCGACAGGCUCUUCACAAGAUGUCUAGAUUCUGUAACCUGUCAAUUGUAACGUCCCGGCAAAACGCCAUUAAAGAUCACACAAUUGAGUGGAUUGAGAGGCAUUAUCCUGGAUUGUUUCAGGAUAUGCACUUUGGCAAUCACUUUGCAUUGAAUGGGCAGUCUAUAGCUAAAUCAGAUAUUUGCAGGUCAUUGGGAGCAAAUGUUUUGAUUGAUGACAAUCCGAGGUAUGCUAUCGAGUGUGCGGAAGCUGGAAUUAAGGUUCUUCUCUUUGAUUAUGAAAAUUCAUACCCAUGGUCCAAGAGUGAGUCACUUAAUGGGCAUCCCAUGGUUAAGAAAGUGCACAACUGGAGAGAAGUGGAGCAUCAGUUAGUUUCAUGGAUAGUUCCCAGAAAUUCCUGAAAAAAUGUAUGAUUUGUAUUCUAUUUGACUUCAUAUAUUAAACCAAUCGUAAACCUGCUUGAAGGCGAUCAAAAAGUGAAGCCUCAGCUAUUAGAAGUUGGUAAUCAGUAGAAUAAUUGUAUUAUCUUUUAUUUUUUGUUCCAUUUUACCUUUCUACUCUGCACAGAUAUAUAACUUUCCGAGUGUUAGUAAUGACACUCCUUUAUAUACUUGCAACCCA